CUCUGGUGCUUCCUUCCAUGUUACUCCACAUAGAAGUUUCUUCUCAUCCUACCAAAGUGGUGACUUUGGUACGGUGCAAAUGGGAAAUCAAGAUAGGAGCAACAUUGUCGGGAAAGAAGACAUCAUCUUGGAAACAAGUACUGGAUGCAACCUUGUAUUAAAAGAUGUGAGACAUGUCCCGGCUAUGCGCCUGAAUCUUAUCUCCGCUGGAAAACUAGACGAUGUCGGUCUAGUGAAUUACUUUGGUGAAGGAAAGUGGAAGCUCACCAAAGGAAGUUUAACUAUGGCUCGAGAAAAGAAGGAAGGAUCAUUGUAUGUGAUGCAAGCCAAGCUCUGCAAAGGCGAGAUAAAUAUUACUUAUGAUGAUAUGGAGGUAUGGCAUAAAAGACUUGGGCACAUUAGUGAGAAAGGUCUUCACAUGCUCACUCGAAAAGAUCUCCUCCCUGAUGUAAAAGGAAAUAAUUUUGUGAUCGCGUCGGUUCAGACGGCUCGCGAAUCAGAGUUAUGGAGCUCAUGUUAUGACCAUUUAAUCAGCCGCAGGUCAUCCCUGCCGUCCGACCUCCGCCCCCUCGCCGCACCAACCAACUGCGGGCUUACUGUCGCCGGAAGCCCGUCGCCUACAGCCAGGGUCAGCGCCGCCGCCGACGGUCUCCAAUCGCCGCUGUUUCGUCUUCGCCGGAAGUCCACCGCUCAUCACCGUCGAGCGCCGCCGUCGCCCUUAGCUCAGGUCAGUCUCUUCUUCAUCUUCCUCGCAAUUUCCUCUGCAAUCGGACCUCUGGAGCAGCGCCACGCCGGAUCGCCACCUUCGCCGGCGGUCGCUGCGACUCACCGGACUGAUUCACCGCUGGUUCACCGUUGUUGCAGCUAGGGAUUUCGCCGGACAGAGGCCAUCACCGGAGCUGCUCCUCUGUUCGUGAUUUCUGAGAGCUGCUGCCGCCUCGCCACUGUCGCCGGCGUCCGUCACCGUCGCCGCAUCCAGCCACUGCCCCGGAUUUAUAUCACCGGCAGAUUAACCUCCACGCCGGAUUGAUUGGUCGAUUUCGUAUUUUGACUCAAUUUGACCCGUUCGUUUGAUUUCGUUGAUUUGUCUUCCGUUCGAGCUAUCGAUUCGAUUUCGGUGUAAUCCAGGUCCGUACUAUGAAGUUAAUAGCAUUUAGAAUAGAUUUAAUGGGUUGGA